AUGCGCGUUGUUUUGCAGUGGACAAGCGAGAAGGGAGAAGGAUGCACUAGUUGGAAAUCAAGAUUGAAGAUGAAAGUCCAAUUUAGAUUUUGGCGGCUGGUCAUCAUGUGGAUGUGGUUCGAACGAGCGCUUCACGAUGCGUCUGCGGGCAGAAGUCCAACUGCCCCGGCAUUUGUCGAUGCAAACCUGAUGUUCGAGUUUUUACUGGGCGGGGUGGAACUCAACAAGGACAACAACAUUGUCCUCCUUGAUGAGGAGAUGGCAUCGAUGAGGCAGGGGCGGGCCUUCCUCUCUCAGAUCAACGACAACAUUCCCAGAAGUCUGAGCUCCAUGGAGCAGAUGGUGGACAUGAUGAAGAGUUGGAGAAAACUGACUCAGGGUCAGUUUGAAAGUCUGGUCUUAAGCACAGUGCUCGCAGCACAGCAGGUCAGGAACCAGCACAGACCCGAGGACCAGGAGGCCUGGGGUGGUGUGCUCCUGCAACUUGCAAAUGUCACCGUACAUGACCUACGUGGAAGUUAUAUCUUCAGUUAUGCAUAA